AUGAAAGAAUUAUACGUGCUCUCCGGGGCAUCCAGCUCCAUGUCCGUGAUAUUGGGGAUCAAGAACGCCGUUAGCUAUGUAUCUGAAGCAUUUGGAACCAAUCAGGAUCCUGACGAGGAAGCAGUGUAUAGCAUCCUCCUGAGUAAUGUGCUCGGAAGCCGUUUCGAAAUGACGGAGUACCUGAAGGAUCUCGCCUGCGCCAUAGAUCUCGCGAGGGAAGUGGUAGAAGCGACUUCUGAGGAAGACCAACAAGUAUUGGCAGACCGACGCCAUAACCUUAGCACGCUUCUCGGUGAUCGAUAUGGCCGUUUUGACAGCGUGACCGAUCUUGAAGAAGCAAUCAGUCUCGAAGAGAGUGUUAUACCCGCUUUCAAUCACGACCAAGCCAAACUGCUUCGAGAAAAUGCUACCGACCUGACUCGAGCCAUUGGGAUGGCCCGCGACGUUCUCAACCGUACUUCUACUCAAAGUGAGGAGGAGCGCGCAAUUUACUACUUCCACAUGGCCCAUCGACUCUCUGGCCGAUACAAGUUCUCUGGAAGCAUCGAUGACCUGCAAGAUGCGAUCGAGAUGAUGGAAAAGGCACGACAAGCUAUAGUGGCAGAUGAUUUAUAUCUCCUUGAUAUAACUAUUGACCUUAGCAAUCUUUUGCGUAGAAGAUAUCUCCAUCUGGGUCUGAGCAAUGAUCUCGUGAUUGAAGUAACCCCACCCAAUGGAUAUAAGACGACGGACAUACAAGAAUCCAUUCAUUUUGCCGAGAAGGCCCUGAGCUAUGCACUGGAGACCCAAUUGGAGGCCUUGGGAUCAUUAUUAUCUGUCGAACGUUCGAUUGCGAUCAUCAAGGAAGGCCUUGAUUCAAUUGCAAUUGACCAAAAUACCACGGCAAAUUUACAAUACGCUUUGAGCCAGCGGUUCUUACAAAGAUACCAACAGCUAGGAUCUCUGGUCGAUCUGCAGGAAUCAAUCUAUGUGAUGCAGGAAUGCAAGGAAGACACACCAGCAAAUCAGCCAGGACAAACCGCUUGCCUCUAUUCCCUGGGUAUCCGGCAAGGCUGUUUAUUUGACAGAUCAAAUGACGUUUCCGACUUGGACGAGGCCAUUGAUCUGACCAGUGAAGCGCCAGCACUGAUUCCUGAUCAUGACAUGACAAGAGCCAACGCUCUGCAGGGCCUAGGCACGCUUUAUGAGUCCCACUUCAAAGCAACGGAUUCGCAGCGAAACCUACAGCGCGCAGUUGAAGUCAGUCUUGAGGCCCUCCAAGAAGUACCAGAAGACUAUUCAGAGCGGCACAGCUUCUUGAGCAACCUUGGUGACUUGUUAUGUCUUUACCCAGCGACAGGGGGAUCUGAUGACCAGAAGUUCAUUCCAUCCAUUUCCAAGGACAAGGUUGCUCGAUUAGCAUGCUCCGAUGGUUGUCGCGCAACUUCCCACUGGGUGCACAUUCAAGGGCCAAUGUUCCACUUGGCGCCAUUCGUACUAGGGUCUCCGGGAAAGCUUACUCAGAGCUCACACUAUCUGAGACUGAAGGAGAGAUUUUUCACAUAG